GUAACAAAUCUCCACCAUGGCAACUCCACCAUCAAUCCCACCAUCUCUCAAGCCGGUACAGACUCGGUCCCAGUCACCAUCGACCUUUCCAUCACCCCCAACCACUCCAUCUGGAAAGGUGAACCCAAUGUCCCCGGUCCGGCCUACUAUCUCCCUCCAUCAACCAAAUAGCAAGAAAGGUUCAUCAAAGCACAAUAAGAUCUUUCGUCGUGUCCGUGCUGUUUUCCGGUCAUUCCCUAUCAUUGCUCCAGCAUGCAAGAUUCCUGUCUCACUCCACGGAAACCGCCUCCAUGAUGGGCACGUUCAUGGUGGGACCCGCAUGACCGGAACCCUAUUUGGGCACCGGAAAGCUAGGAUAAACCUUGCCAUCCAAGAAAGCCCCGGAUCCCUACCUGUUUUAUUGCUUGAACUCACAAUCCCCACGGGAAAACUCCUUCAAGAUAUGGGAGUGGGACUUGUUAGGAUUGCCUUGGAAUGUGAAAAGAAGCCACAUGAAAAGACCAAGAUUGAAGAUGAACCGAUAUGGACAAUGUUUUGUAAUGGCAGAAAGUCAGGUUAUGCGGUCAAGAGGGAGCCAACUGACGAGGAUUUGAAUGUGAUGCAAAUCUUGCACGUGGUUUCUAUGGGGGCUGGUGUAAUACCUACAGGAGAUGGAGCCGAUCAGCCUGCAGAUGGAGAAUUAACGUACAUGCGGGCAUUCUUUGAACGUGUGGCGGGGUCUAAAGACUCAGAGACCUAUUAUAUGUUGAAUCCUGAUGGAAACAAUGGACCAGAACUAAGCUUAUUCUUUGUCAGGAUUUGAUAAUUAAAAAAGGUAGUGCAAUCAUCAAUGUUUGUGGAAAUUCUAAUCAUUGAGAUCAAUAUACGUUCUCCUGCUGGUGAAGGUUUGGAUAUAGAAUUGAUCUCUUGGUGCGCAUUAAUUAAUUCUCUAGUGAGGGUUCUGGGAGAAGUUAAUUUGAAAGCAGAAUCAAGGGCAAAACAAAGUCUCCAGCUACUUGUUUGGAGGGUGACCUGGUUAAUUUCUGCUGGAGAGGAAGGGGGACAAUUUGUUUAAUUUGGAUGAUUAUUUUUAGGGACAUUUUUCCUUUUCUGGUUACGUUACUUUUAGGGACAUUAGGGUGCAGGGAAUCCAAGUCCCAGCAGAGAUCUCUUGUCUUUCAUCAAGGUGUCCUUUGAGAAAGAAAGAAGAUGCAGAGACAACCAUGUAAAAUCUGAUUGUAAGACACCGUUAUGCCAUGAGAGUAAAUGUAAAUUAUAUAAGAAGGGAUCGAGAUAAGUACAGAGUAGUCCUGUCAACUGUGAGUGUUAAAAUUUCCUAGCUUGUUCUUGCUGGGACUAUGGGUUGAUGGGGGCAUGCAUGUUUCAAAGUAACUUCGGGUAGACAUGACCUUAAUUUUCUGAUUUGUAUCAAUUUAUAAAGAUGAGUUGGAGUUCAAUUCUGCGUUUA